GUGCCCGCUUCGGGCUGCGCGGUGCGCGCCCCCCCCCCCCCCCUCCGGUGUGCGCUUACCGCGGUCCCGGCUACACCCGCGCCCGUCCCGGUGCUUCCUGCGCUGACUCCGGUUUUCCCUUGGCGGAGCGGCCUCGGCACCAUGUCCGUGAGCAGCCACGAGAACCGGAAAUCCCGCUCGAGCUCCGGCUCCAUGAACAUCCACCUCUUCCACAAACCGGGCCACGCCGACAGCCUCCUCACGCACCUCAACCUGCUCCGCAAGCGGCACCUCUUCACCGACGUGGUGCUGCGUGCGGGGAACCAGACCUUCCACUGCCACCGGGCUGUCCUGGCCUCCUGCAGCCGCUACUUCGAGGCUAUGUUCAGCGGGGGCCUGAAGGAGAGCAGAGACGCUGAAGUGAACUUCCACGACUCCCUCCACCCCGAGGUGCUGGAGCUGCUGCUGGACUAUGCCUACUCGGCGCGGGUGCUGAUUAACGAGGAGAACGCCGAGUCCUUGCUGGAAGCCGGGGACAUGCUGCAGUUCCAGGAUAUUCGGGAGGCUUCGGCUGACUUUCUGGAGAAGAAUCUCUACCCCGGGAAUUGCCUGAACAUGCUGCUGCUGUCCGAUGCCCACUGCUGCGAGCGGCUGCUGGAGCUCUCCUGGAGGAUGGCGUUGGCCAACUUCACCUCGCUCUGCAAGACUGAAGACUUCCUGCGACUGCCCAAGGACAAGCUGCUGGAGCUGGUGGAGAGCGAAGAGCUGGAGGUAGAGGACGAGACGUUGGUCUAUGAAGCUGUUAUAGGUUGGAUCCGCUACGACUUGCCCCGGCGUCACGAAGUUCUGCCCGAGCUGCUGCGCUCUGUCCGCCUGGCCCUGCUGCCCGAGUCCUACCUGCGCAAGCAAGUGGCCUGCGAGAAGCUGGUGACCAGCCACAAGCUGGGAGAGGAGAUCGUGGCUGACGCCGUCCGAUGCAAGAUGAAGAUCCUGCAAAACGACGGCCUGGUGACGGGCUGCUGUGCCCGACCCCGCAAGGUCAGCCAGGCCCUGCUGCUGCUGGGGGGCCAGACCUUCAUGUGCGACAAGAUUUACGUGCUGGAUCACAAAACCAGCGAGAUCAUUCCCCGUGCGGACAUCCCGAGCCCUCGGAAGGAGUGCAGCGCCUGCGCUAUCGGCUGCAAGGUGUACAUCACCGGCGGUAAAGGCUCCGAGAACGGCGCUUCCAAAGACGUCUGGGUUUACGACACCCUCCACGACGAGUGGGCAAAAGCUGCUCCCAUGCUGGUGGCGCGGUUUGGCCACGGCUCCGCGGAGCUGGACCACUGCCUGUACGUGGUGGGGGGGCACACAGCAGGCAGCGGCGCCUUCCCGGCCUCCCCCUCCGUCUCCCUCAAGCAAGUGGAACACUACGACCCGCAGCUGGACAAGUGGUCCUUGGUGGCUCCUCUGCGCGAAGGCGUCAGCAACGCCGCCGUGGUGGGAGCCAAGAUGAAGCUGUUUGUCUUCGGUGGCACCAGCGCCAACCAGGAGAAGCUGCCCAAGGUGCAGUGCUUUGACCCCUGCCAGAACCGCUGGUCGGUGCCCGCCAGCUGCCCGCAGCCCUGGCGGUACACGGCCGCUGCCGUGGUGGGCAGCCACGUCAUCGUCAUCGGCGGCGACACGGAGUUCUCGGCCAGCUCCGCGUACCGCUUCCACAGCGACACCUUCCAGUGGUCCAAGUUUGGGGACGUCACCGCGAAGCGCAUCAGCUGCCGCGCCGUGGCCUCGGGGAACAGGCUGUACGUGGUGGGGGGGUACUGCGGGGCUCAGCGCUGCAAGACGCUGGACUGUUACGACCCAGCGUCCGACACGUGGAGCAGCGUCACGACGGUGCCUUACUCCCUCAUCCCCACCGCCUUCAUCAGCACCUGGAAGUACCUGUCCGCCUGAGGCGCGGCGUGGCGAAGGACCUGGGGGGUAAAUAGGUGUGCAUCAACCCAGAGCUCCAAUCUGUGCUGCGCAAGGGGUGAACCCUGAGGGGCAGGUGCGUGUGGAACCGGACUGGGACUGGAGUUGUUGUAGGGAACGGAGCAUCAGCACCAGAAAGGUGCUUCCGGGCUGGUGGUUUGAUGUAAAGCUCUGCAGGAGCGAGACCAAACGUCUCUUUAGGUGCUGAAACGCUGCGGGGAGAAGAUUAGUAUUAAUAACAGACACUUAACCUGGCAUCCCAGCCCUUCCACUGGGUCUU